CGCAUAUUCGAUUUGUAAACUUGUUCUUGAUGUAACCCAAAGCUGAAAGACUCUUCGAAAAACUUGUCGUACAAUCAUAAAAUCAAUACAAAUUAAGGGUAGAUUGAAAUUAGUUUAGAUUGAAAUAAUUAGAGAUAGGGAAUGACUUUUUACUAUUACACAUUGUUCAAAAUCGAACACCAAAUGAGUUGUAGCUCAACGAAAAUUAAGUUUAUUAAUAAUAAUAGUGUUCUAGAUUUGAAUUACCCAACCUACCAUUUAUAUUUUUAUACAAAAAUGACAGUAGGAUAACCAUUUAUAUUACACAUUGGUGAUAGUUUUAUCGUACGAAGAAAUUUCCUGCAACCCUAGACUUGUUGAGGGUGGAAAUAUUCUUUACGGAAAGUGAACGUUGUUCACGACUCUAUCAUAAUCCUAGUCACCCGGUCUCGGGCUAUCGUACGUAUACCCUCGUCCCUAAAAAGUCCCAACAACAGACUGCCAACCCACAUUCCUUGCGUUACAGAAGUCGGAGCAAACAAGAAUGGAGAGUUGAGUUUUUGUUCGAGAGCUGAAAGAAGAAGCAGAUAGGAUGGGGUCUAUACAGUUGCAUUUUGCCAAAAGAGCGUGUAGCUCAGUAGCCCAUAUUAUGGCCCACAUAAAUUGUAACUAGAAAGCCCAAGAGUGUUAGGUUAUCAGGCCUCCUCUUUUCCUUCUUGAUACCUUAGACAAGGAGAUUAUUCCCUAAUAAAAUAAAUAGAUAUUACGAUAAAAAAUAAAUAAAUAGAUACGCUCAAAUGUGUGUUCUUUCGUUAGAAUAUGAAAAUAGAAAUAGAAAUAGAUAGAGUAGAAACGACAUCUUUAAUGUCAAUCCGUCAAUGACACCAAAAGAAAGAGGAUAUUAAAUCAAUAAAAUUGGAAUAUGGAUGAAAUAUAAUGAAAUCGAGCCACUUGGGCUUAUUCUAGUUUCAAAUUUCUUUUAUGAAAAAGAGAUACACAAAUAAGGUGUAUGCCACAAUUCGACUUUAUAUCUUUUCUAAAUGCUCUUCAAUCCUCAAUUCGAUUUUUUAUUUUUCUUAAACCGCGCCCCAAUCAAUUUCUUAUGGUAGUAAAUCGAGAAAUAUUUUAUGAACCAUAAUAUUCAGAUUUUUUUUAAUUACAAAUUUACAAUAUUUAUGAAAAAACCCCAUGUUUUUUUUACUAAUAUACAAAAUCUGGGAGCCGUGUCCCCUAGUUAGGGUUUAUUCUUAUUUUUGUCGAUUGCAAACAUAACUUUACCAAAACAAUUCUUCUUCGACCUCGCAAGUCGCAAGUUGCAUUAUCAUCCAUCCAUCCAUCCAUCCAUCCGCACAAACACUCUACUGGCAUCUUCUCCAAUCAGGUAUGCUUCUCGAUCUCCUCCGUUCUGUUUUCUGCGAAGAAUCUGAGGCCUAAUUUCUUUCAGCUCCCUAGAUUGUAUUUGGCUUCGUCGCAUUUCUCUUUUUCUUUUGUUGCGUUUUGAUUUCCUCGAUUCCUUGGUGCGAAUUUUCGGAGUUCUUUCCCAAUUGCUUGAUGUUAUUUCGUUUCAAUGUUCCGAGAUGUGUUGAAAGAGUGGGUACACUUAGUAAUUGAUUGAGUGGGUCAUCUUUGUCUGAAUGUGUCAAUGGGUGCUUUGAUCUGAAUUGCGAUUCUUCAAGUGAUGAACUUGAUUUGUACUGUCAGAAUGAUUCUUUUGGAGUAGGAGGUUGGUAACCAGCCGGGUGUUUCCUUAUAAAUGUUAUCGCUGGACUUUUAGUGAAGCCAGCCGAAGUCCUGUUUGUGUUUGGGGGUCGUUGAGAUAUACAUAGUUCUAUGUAUUGACUAUUGUGAUCUUCGCUUUACUGGAUGAUUCAUGCUUGCUUUUUGGUGUCCCAGAGAUCUUUUCUCGACUUGGUAGGUGGCCAGAGUGAACUUUCCCUCCCUGCUUUUCGUUUCAAAAUUUCUGGAGGUGGCUCUGAAUCUUUCAAGAUAUGACAGUUGGUUUUCAAGUUUCUUGAUAGAAAUAGAUGUCUUUACUACACUUUAGGGCAAUCCAUGGCAUUGUGAAACGAUUGAGAUACACUGGCCAUCUCCUAUUGCGUUACAGAUUUGUGCACUAGAGAUUGUGUCAUACAAGGCAUAGUAGUCUAAUUGCUUCUUUUGCAUUUUUUCUUUUCUUUUGCAGGUGGAAGACUAUUAUGUUUGCUAGAUGUACUUCAGGAGGAGUUUGUCCGCUUGACAGGUGAAUAAAUUGCCAAGUUGCUCUAUCAGUAGAUCUUCAGGGCCUCUCCUUGGAGAACUUUUGAACAAUGGUUACUCCGGAGGAUCGAUAUGCUCCUUUGUUGCAUGACAGGAAAGCUUUUAGUUUGAUCUGUGUCUAAAUUUAACCAUUAGCAGUAGUACCCCGCAGUUUCAUUUCCCCACUGGAAAUUUAUGUCUCAUCUUAACAGAAUGAAGAGAAUUGAUAUAUGCAUCCCUCUAAUUGUCAACUUCUAAUGUUUGGAAGGUCACCUGUCAUGUGCUGUUUCACCUUUAGCUUGCUAUCCAGUAUGUCUCUGCAGACCUGGUUGAGAUGUUUGUACCAAAUAUAUGUGAGUUGCACUCAACUAUUCUUGUGAUACUUGUACACUUAGCUAACACUUUUCUCGGGAGCUUGCAGGUUGUGCAACACUAGUGUUUCUUCUGAAAGAGUGGUCCGUACCUCCAGAUUCGCUUGGUAGCAGCUAUGCUACACUCUGGUUCGAAAGAUAAUCAACUCCGCGAGAGCAACAGCCAGAAGGUCCACCCUCAACCAAUGGAAGAUUCUGUGCAUCAAAAUCCAGAAGCCCUUGAAACCUUGAUAUCUAAAAUCUUUCAAAACAUAUCUUCUCUCAAGUCAGCUUACAUCCAACUCCAAGCUGCUCAUACUCCGUAUGACCCUGAUAAGAUCCAAGCUGCUGAUAAACUUGUUAUUGCUGAGCUGAAGAACCUGUCUGAACUGAAGCAUUACUACAGAGAAAACAAUCCCAGGCCGCUGAGUGUCUCCCCUCAGGACUCCCGCUUAGCGGCUGAAAUUCAAGAACAGCAGUCUCUCUUGAAAACCUAUGAGGUAAUGGUAAAGAAAUUCCAAUCGGAAAUCCACAACAAGGAUUCUGAGCUUCAUCAGUUGCAGCAGCAGAUAGAGGAGGCAAAUCAGAAGAGAUCGAAAUUGGAGAAAAACCUCAAGCUCAGAGGCUUAUCAUCAUCGACUACCAAAGGUUCUGAAGAAGAAAACGGGUUCUUCCACGUGGAUCUAACCCCAGAACUAUUCACAUCUGCAGUAGAAGCUGCUUAUAAAGCCAUUCAUGAUUUCUCCAAGCCGCUGAUUAACAUGAUGAAAGCAGCAGGGUGGGAUCUCGAUGCUGCAGCUGGGUCCAUCGAGCCGAGUGUCGUUUAUGCAAGGAGAGCGCACAAGAAGUAUGCAUUUGAAUCUCAUAUAUGUCAGAAGAUGUUCAGUGGUUUCCAGCAGGAGAACUUUGCUAUUAAUGUCAACGAUAUAACGGUCUCAAAGGAGAGUUUCUUCCACCAGUUUCUCGCACUGAGGGAGAUGGAUCCAUUGGAUGUGGUGGGUCAGAAUCCAGACUCCUUAUUUGGGAGAUUUUGCAGGAGCAAGUAUUUGGCGGUGGUUCAUCCAAAGAUGGAGGCUUCUUUCUUCGGGAACCUGGAUCAGAGAAACUACGUGAUGGGUGGAGGACAUCCAAGGACUGCCUUUUACCAAGUGUUUCUAAAAUUAGCCAAGUCGAUCUGGCUUCUGCACAGGCUGGCUUACUCCUUUGAUGCCAACGUGAAGGUCUUUCAAGUCAAGCGAGGGAGCGAGUUCACCGAGGUCUACAUGGAAAGCGUUGUGAAGAAUCUGAUACUAGACGAGGGCAGCCAGAAACCCAAAGUUGGUCUCAUGGUGAUGCCUGGUUUCUGGGUAGGAGGGACCGUGAUUCAGAGCCGUGUGUAUCUUACAGGCAUGAAGGUUGCUGAAUGAUCAUAGGCAUAUGGUUAUUGUCCUUGGUAUUGCUAUCCCUUGUGGCCUCUAGCUGGUCUGCGUUUUCUGUCUGCAACUUGGUACUCCACCCAUGUCGGCGGGUAAAGGCAGCAGUGGUGUAGUUGCUUCCCUUGUUUCUACAUAGUUUGUAUCUGUUGAAUCUUCUGUAAUCGAGAUGAAAUGAAAAUCAUCCCUGGCUUCCUUUUCAAGCUUGUCCAGAAUGCGGUAAACUAAGCAUAAUUUGCGGGUGUGACCUCUGAAAGGUGACGACUUGGAACAGUUUGCUGGAAGAGUACUCUCCUUUCCGGCCACAUGAUUGUCGAGAAUUCUUAGCACCUUGAUUUCUGGCACUUGGUUUGCUAACCCGCAGGCAAAGGCCAUUGAU